AUGGGUAUAAAGGAAGCUGCAAUAUAUUUAGAUAAUCAGUGGAAUACUUAUUAUGCAGGACAAACAGUAAAUGGAAGAAUAGAAUAUGUAUUCGACAGUCCAAAAAAAGUUAGAGGAAUUCACGUUAAGUUUAAAGGAGAAGCUCAUACUGAGUGGAGUGAAAGUAAAGAAGAGCAAGAUGAGCAAGGAAAAACUCGGUCUACUGACACUCUUCACACAGGAAAUGAAGAGUACUUCCAAAUCACUUAUUAUUUACUAGGAAGCAGUUCAGGUAAUGAAAUAGAAAUUCCUGCUGGAAAGCAAGUUUACAACUUCACAUGUGCUCUUCCACCUGUUUUGCCUUCCUCAUUUGAAGGGCAAUAUGGCUAUGUGAGGUAUACUGUUAAAGUAACCUUAGACAGACCUUGGAAGUUUGAUCAAGAAACUAAAAUGGCAUUUACUGUUAUCAAUGCACUGGAUCUCAAUUUGAAUCCAUCAUAUAGGGAACCUAUACAUUUCCAAAUGGAAAAGACAUUUUGCUGUUUUUGCUGUGCAUCUCCACCUCUGUCCGUGGAUGUGCAAGCUCCAGUUUCUGGAUACUGUCCUGGUCAAGUGAUUCCUAUUACAAUAGAUAUUGAAAACAAAAGUAAUGUUCAACUGCAUCUUGUAAAAAUAUUCCUAAGAAAGGUUGUUACAUAUAGAGCAACAUCUCCAUCAACAGUGACAAAGAAAUCAAAAGAUAUAAUUUUGACUAUCCAGGAGGGUCCAGCACCAGCAGGUACAACUAAACACUGGAAUAUGACCAUGGAAGUACCUCCGAUACCACCUUCUAAUCUCGUCAAUUGUAAUAUCAUAGACUUGGAUUAUGACUUGAAGGUGGAAUGUGUAGUAUCUGGGGUGCAUAUAAACAUGAAGGAUCGCAAAUACAUAACAAUAGGCACAGUCCCACUGGUAGGUGUGGGUCAGUCUGCACCGAGUGCCCCACCUAGUGAGCUACCGUCUCCGAGUCAACCUGCAGUGCUGCCUGUGGCUCCUGGACAAGCAGCACAACCUGGCAAUGUGGGAGGUGACGCGGCGCCUGGCGGGUGGGUGUUGCCGGGAGCGCCCGCGCAGCCGCCGCCAUUUCAAUCUCUGUACCCUACACUAUCCCAACCAGUGUACAAGGAAUCUCUAUACUCAGCUCGCUCCAUACAAGAUCGUGGGGAAAGCAACAAUAUGGCGAUCGCCGGACCUGCUCGCUUUGCUCCAUUCUAUCCAACUUAUGCUGCUAUGCAACCUCCACCUUUACCGCAA